AUGGGUUGUCUAAAUGGCAAGGUGACGAGCAAGCCUAUACUAGUGUAUCCAAACAGCGGAGAACGCUAUGAUGCUGAUCGGAAGGAGUGGGUUGAAAACACAGAAGUUGGGGGUGAAGACUUUGGUGUCGUACGUAGAGAAAUGGAUGGAUGCAGAAGUCUCAUUGCUGCCGCACAACACCAGCCACCAUCAGAGCCAUUCACAACCGUCUUGUCACCCGGAUCUCUCUUCUCUUCUUCUUAGCUUUCCAAGCUCCACUUUCACUCUCUCUCUCUCUCUCAACCUUUUUUUUCUUUUGCAAUAGAUUUGUUGUACCAAACAUAUGAAUGAGUUUGUUAUCCUUUUCUUUGCCAAAAACAAAACCGAACUUUUAUUUUUGAAAUGCGAUCAAAAGUUUUG